UCCCUCCCUCCCGUCUUCUGCAGGUGUGAGAAAACUGGACUAGCAGACUUCUUUGACUGAAGGCAACUGACACCGGAAUGGCCAGUGACUUUGUUCUCCAGUGGGCUGUUGCAAUCCUUUAAAACUCACCAUUGAGUGAGCCAUUUGGACCACUCAUGCGAAUGGCUUGCACUUUCCCCCUUCCCUCUUCCCCCCCAGACGAAGAAGAGUAGGAAGGCUUUCGUGGAGAAGCAUUUUCAUCGUUCCACCAACCAGCUAGAAGAGUGUCCAGUUGGGGCUAGGCAGACUCAAGCUUUACGGCACCAACCGGACCCUCCCAAUGGUCCUUGAGCUGAAUUCAGCCUGGCCUGAAUUCUUGGCAUUUCAGACAGCUUCAGAGUCGAUGACCAGCUCACUGCUCUAGUUGUACGUCUGAAGUGCUGGCCUUUGGGCUGGAUUGUGGGACAUCAAGGAGAAGAUGUUGGACCUCAGUUUUCUGACCGAGGAAGAGUAUGGCAAGCUGAUGAGGGUGCUGCAGAGGGAUGCGGAGCUCAAGAAAAAGGACAGCGACCGGAUCAGGCGAUUGCAAGGUUCGCUGAAGGAUGAGAAGAAAAAGAAGUUUGUGACGGGCGAAUGGUUCCAUGAAGUGAAGGCCCAGCGUUUCCGAGAAGAUUUGGAAGUCCCCGAUCUACUGCGAGCUUCCAUUAGGAAAAAAAAUAGCAACUCUGACGGUGAGCGCAGAAGCAUUUCGAUAGCUAGACUAACUGUUCUGACCUAGACCUUCCCAAGAUCAUGAAGCAGCCUCCUCGUCCCAAUAAAAACCCCUUUCAUUUAGGUUAAAGUGAAUUCCUCUCCAGCAAAGUCUCAGCAAACAGUCUUUCAUGAGCUUUCACAACUACAGACCUUUAUCAGGCUUGGAGAAUUGCCAGGCCGAUAUCUUCCAAAUGCCACACUGUAGCAGCAAUUACUUGGCAAGAAAUCAGGAACAGUUCUUCACUCUAAUGAAUUGAACUAAUUGUCUCCUGCAAACACCACUCCCCUUUAGCUCCUCUUUAUCCCCUAUGAGAGGGGCCAUUCACCGCCCACUUGAGCCUUUACUCCCGAGUCGGCCUUU